AUGGCAAUCGCACUGGCGGAGGCAGACAAGUAUGAGGUGCUGGAGAAAAUCGGCUGCGGCUCCUUUGGCAUCAUUCGCAAAGUGAAGCGAAAAACCGAUGGCUUCAUCCUUUGCCGGAAGGAAAUCAACUACAUCAAGAUGUCAUCGAAAGAGCGAGAGCAGCUGACGGCCGAAUUCAACAUCCUGAGUUCCCUGCGGCAUCCGAACAUCGUUGCCUACUACCACCGUGAGCACCUAAAAGCAAGUCAAGACUUGUAUUUGUACAUGGAAUACUGUGGUGGAGGUGACUUGAGCAUGGUUAUCAAGAACCUGAAACGGACCAACAAAUACGCAGAGGAGGACUUCGUCUGGCGCAUUUUAUCGCAGCUCGUCACAGCGUUAUAUCGGUGUCACUACGGUACGGAUCCGGCGGAAGUGGGAUCAAAUCUGUUAGGCCCGCCUCCAAAGCCAUCAGGUCUCAAAGGCAAACAGGCACAGAUGACUAUCCUGCAUCGCGACUUGAAACCCGAAAAUAUUUUUCUCGGGUCAGACAACACCGUCAAGUUGGGUGACUUCGGCUUGUCCAAGCUGAUGAACUCCCACGACUUUGCCUCCACAUAUGUCGGCACACCAUUCUACAUGUCGCCUGAGAUCUGCGCUGCCGAAAAGUACACGUUACGCUCCGAUAUCUGGGCUGUUGGAUGUAUUAUGUACGAGCUCUGCCAACGAGAACCGCCUUUCAAUGCGCGCACACACAUCCAGCUCGUCCAGAAGAUCCGUGAAGGGAAAUUCGCUCCUUUGCCCGACUUCUACUCCUCAGAGCUGAAGAACGUCAUUGCGAGCUGCCUGCGCGUCAACCCCGACCACCGUCCCGACACGGUUUCUCUGAUCAAUACUCCCGUCAUCCGCUUGAUGCGUAAGGAGGUGGAGUUGAACAACAUAUCCCGAGCUGCCCGGAAGCGAGAGGAGGCUACGAUGCAGAAAGCAAAGGAUGUGGAACAAGCCUUCGCUAAGCUUGAAAAAGAAAAGCAGCAAAUCCGAUCCGAGCUCGAGAGUUCCAUCCGACGGGAGUGGGAGGUAAAGGCAAGACUGGAGAUCGACCGCCAAGUUCAAAACGAGUUGGAUAAACUCCGCAAACGAUUCGAAUGCGAGGUCCAGGACCGCGUUGCCCACGAAGUCGAAAAGCACAGACGCAACGCCAACUACCGCGAAGACACUAGUCUUCGUUCCAGCGCAACCAGCUCCCAGACUUCGACCUGUAACAGCGAGGACUCCGACAUUCCUUCGAGUACAGACAUUAGUCAGUUGUCGCUAGAGUCCCCCACAAACAAAGCUGUUAAGCUGCCAAAGAAGGAGUCACGCACUCCAUUCACUCGGUCUAGAACGGUUGUUGAUUCCCCAAUGGACAUUCAAAUGGCCGAGCCUUCUCCCAUCUCCAUCGCGUCUCUUUCCUUGUCGCCUCGCCGCACCUCUGCAACAUAUUCUGGCAAGAACAUAUUUGCCGAAGGGGAGAGAAAGCGUCCCAAGUUUGAGCCCACCCUGGCAUACUCAGACGAUGAGGAUGACACUCCAGAACUUCCCUCGCCCACUCGUCCAAAGGUCAAGCCUGAUCCUUUCAAGGCUCCGUCUCGCCCCCUUUUGAGACAAAAUACGACAGCCCUGAUGCAGAAGCUGAGCACCCAGCCUCCCCUCUUCCCUGCUAACCCUUCGCGGCUGCCUCAAAUGUCGGCUCCUGAUGUGAGGGAGUCAAAGUCACGGUCACCUCAUCGGCGGUUGUCGAAGAUCCCAUCUUCCGCCAACCUUGCUGCUGAUGCGGGGUCGCCAACCCGCAAGAGUGCCACGAGAUCCAGUCCGUCGAAAGCGAACGGUGGCGAUGAGAUGUUCAAGGCUGUCAUGCAGCGCAACAUGGGUGGCAGGACGCUGGUCGAGCUUGCGCAAGCACGUGCUGGUGGCCGCCCCAUCGACGAGGUUAAGCGUUGUACCAGUGAUUCCCGUCCCGCCUGCUCUGUUCCCUUGAGAUCCUCUGAUCGUGAGCCACCUGCGGUCUGGGAUCCUGAACGAGACGAGAUGCCAAGUCCUUUCCUAGCACGGGGACGGAAGGUUAUUCGCAACUUGCGGUAA